AUGGCCGGAGACGAGCAAAAGAACAUCGUAAUUAUUGGAGGUGGUAUUAUCGGUGCCACCUCCGCUUAUUUCCUAACUCAUCACCCUUCGUAUAAUCCGGAGAAGCACAAAGUCAUUCUUCUGGAAGCGACAAAAAUUGCUGGAGGAGCAAGUGGCAAAGCUGGAGGACUUUUAGCCUUGUGGGCAUAUCCUUCAUCCAUUGUACCACUCUCGUACAAACUGCACAAGCAACUAGCCGACAAGUAUGGCGGUGAUGAGCGUUGGGGUUACAGACAGGUUCAUUGUGGCUCGGUUGACUGCAAAGGUCGUCAAUUGCAAAAGCCGACAGACACCGUUAAGGGUAAAGACAAUGAGAUGGAUGGAAAGAACGAAAGACCUGCCGACCGAGAAAAGAACAACGUCAGUCUCGAGAAGAACCCGCCAAAGGUGUCGGCGAAGCUGGCGGCCAGAGGCAUUCCAAAAGACCUUGAUUGGAUUCACCCGGAUUGCUUGAGGAUGUAUGACGAGAUGGGAGAUCCUUCAACCACUGCCCAAGUUCACCCUUACCAAUUCACCACCUCCAUGGUCGACUUGGCCGCUGAAAAGGGUGCGGACGUCCGCGUUGGUGCCGCAGUCAAGAGCAUCAACCAUACCAAGGAUGGCAAGGGUGUGGAGAGCGUCACCUACGAGGACAAGAACGACAACAACAAGGAGGUCACCAUUCCAGCAACGGACAUUAUCAUCUCUGCUGGUCCAUGGACAAGAGAGGUGUAUCCUGACGCCCCUAUCUCGGCUACUCGAGCCCACAGUGUUACCAUCCGCCCAACUCGCGAGAUCAGUGCAUACGCUCUAUUUACUGAGAUUAAACUACCGGCUGGUUUCGGAGUUUAUGCUUGUGGUGAGGGAGACCAUUUGGUACCGCUCCCAAAAUCUUCCGAUCUCGUUGAGGUAGACGAACAGAGAUGCCAGGACGUUGUCGACUAUGUCAGCAGUAUCAGUGAUGAACUGCGAGACGGAGAAGUUACUGCACGACAGGCAUGCUACCUGCCGAACGUCCAAGGAGGCAACGGACCCUUGAUCGGACACACUGGAGUAAAGGGUCUUCUGAUAGCAGCUGGACACACAUGCUGGGGCAUCCAAAAUGGUCCAGGAACCGGCAAAUUGAUCUCUGAGUUUGUCUUCGACGGUGCUGCGAAGUCAGCUAAGAUCUCGAGCUUGGAUCCUCGCAUGUAUUAG